AUGACUGCAUGGCUGAAAGACUGGGUUGCCCAGUUACAGAACACCUGGCCAGUGGUGAGAAAAGCUUUGGAUGAAGCUAGGACUAAUGCCUCUGUCGAGGGGGGAAGAAUGUCAGAUCUGGCUAGCUUGUGGGGCCUCACAGUCAUCCUGUCAUCAAAAGAAGAAGAGGGGAAGGAUGAAAGAGGGAAAGAUGAAAGGGCAAUAAAGCUUUGUAUGUAUGUAAUAGGAAAUCAGGAGGUGGGGGAUGACAGAACAAGUAUUAUAGGACUCGAUUGGUUUGAGGCCUUGGGAAUUCAGGUUACUGGCUUGCAUAGUUUGCAAACGUUAAGCCUAGCAGAAGUCUGUGAGGAGUUUGCAGAUGUGUUUAGUUCACAGCUUGGAUCCUUUAAGGGGCCUCCAGUCUCCUUACGACUUGACCCCAACAUCACACCUAUUAGGGUUAAAGCUAGAAGAGUACCCUUUGCAUUAAAAGGAAAAAUUGAUGCUGAGUUGGAUAAAUUGAUCCAACAAGGCAUUUUAGAGCCUGUGGAUUCAAGUCCAUGGGAAACACCCAUAGUAACGCCUCUUAAGGCUAAUGGAGAUAUUAGAAUAUGUGCUGAUUACAAGUGCACUAUUAACAAGGCAUUACAACAGCAUGCUUACCCUGUACCAGUAGUCAGCCACAUUUUGGCUUCCCUCAAGGGGGGGCGAGUUUUUGCAAAGCUUGACUUGGCACAGGCUUAUCAACAGUUACCUGUUGAUCAAGCGGCUGCUGAGGCACAGACCAUUGUAACGCAUAGGGGUGCAUUCAAGGUCAAGAGAUUGCAGUUUGGGGUGAAUGUUGCACGAGGCAUUUUCCAAAGCAUCAUGGAAAGCACACUUAGGGGCAUUCCUGGGGUUUGUCCCUACUUUGAUGAUGUUCUUAUUGCUGGAGAAUCCAUUCAGAACUUAGCAGAGAGAUUGAGGGCUGUGUUGCUUUGAUUCAGAAGAGCAGGCCUAAAACUUAAGAAAAACAAGUGCAAAAUAGGGGUCACUUCUACAGAUUUUUUGGGAUUUAGAAUAGAUGCCCAAGGUAUUCACCCUGCUGAAUCAAAGUUAAAGGCCAUACAGCAGGCUCCUAGCCCUAAAACUAAGGGUGAACUGCAGGCUUUNGUCCACGAACAGAGUUUCAAUGAGGUCAAGGCCUUGCUAACAUCUCAUGAUGUGCUUGCACAUUUCAAUGAGAAAUUGCCUGUAUGCAUUGCCUGUGAUGCUUCCCCUUAUGGGGUAGGAGCUGUACUCAGCCACUUGAAAGCUGAUGGAACUCAGGUUCCUGUUGCUUAUUACUCCAGGACUCUGUCUUCUGCUGAGCGCAAUUAUGCUCAAAUAGAUAGAGAAGCAUUGGCCAUAGUAGCAGGGGUUAAAAAAUUCCAUGAUUUUUUAAAUGGCAGGCAUUUCAUGGUCUUCACUGACCAUAAACCGCUGUUGGGGUUGUUUACCACCAAUAAACAAACUCCCCAUAUUAUUUCCCCUAGAAUGAUGAGGUGGUCUAUUUUUUUGUCAGCUUAUGACUAUUCCUUAAUUCACAAACCUGGUAAGGAGAUGGGUCAUGCAGACGGCCUAAGCAGACUACCUCUGCCAACAGUAGAAGCAGACCCCACUCCUGCCAUCAAUCUUCUUUCUAUUCAGGAGUUGCCUGAAUCUCCCCUUAAUGCAAGGGAUGUGGCUGCUGAAACAGCCACUGAUGUCACGCUUACUCGUGUGCUUUCCUGGGUUCUGUCUGGAUGGCCUGACAGAAGCCCUGGUACUGAGUUCCAAAGCUUCUGGCUCAAGAGGCAUGAGUUAUCCACCUUUAAGAGUUGCCUGCUUUGGGGCAGCAGGAUGGUUAUUCCUACCUCGUUGAGAUGUAGAAUCUUGAUUUCCCUCCAUGAGGGCCAUCCUGGCAUUGUCCGGAUGAAGGCGCUCGCGUGCAGCCAUUUAUGGUGGCCAGGGCUAGACAAGAAUAUAGAGGCCCAUGUGCAUGCCCGGAACUACGGUCCCAGUCAUCUGUGGAUUCCUGCUGUGGUCUGCAAGGUCACUGGGCCAUUGUCUUACGAGGUUUCCUUGGAAGACGGCCGCGUUCUUCGGCGGCAUAUUGACCAGCUGCGUACAAGACUGGACUCUUCCUCUUCUACUCCUGGGUUUUCUCUGGGGGGGAGGGGGAUCAACAGGAGCAAAGGGAAGGCUCGCUUCAGGGUUCCGCAAGUGUGCCCAACAGAGAUUCAUGGGAACAAGGAACAUCGCACCCACCAUUACAUACUCCAGCCAGGGAGUCACUCAGGGGGUAUCCUCACAGUUCACAAGACCUAUACAACACUCCAGACAGGGAGAAUAACAGGGAGCAUCCACAUAACACAAACAAUACAAGAGAACUGGCAUGUAGUCAAGGGAACUGGCCAACUGCUACAAUUGCUUCCAGAAGGAAAUCAGUCCAAAGGGGAGUAG